CUACUACCCAACCGAGAUAUGAAACCGGCUUUUCCAACAUAAGUAACUACUGAGCAACUUAUGAGAUUGCCAGAGUCUCUGACUCUGAUAACAGAUUGUCAUGGCAGAAGAACAACUCAAUCCCGAUGACGAGGCACUAGACAGGCCGUUUCGUUUCAUAGUCACUGGCAAAUACCUCGCUGUUCGCUAUGCCGACGACGGCUUCACUCUACACCGUGAUUACCAUGGCAAUGGGAGCCUGUUUUAUCUUUCCGAAGAUGAAACCCACAUAAUCAGAGAUCACACAUAUGUUGGCCGGCUUAACAGUCAUCCCAUCUACAAGGACAACGUGUUUCACAUCUGCCGGCAUUGGACAGACAAUAUCGAUGAAGCACUUGAUGUUCAGAUCGACCCCGAGGACCCUGACAGGACCGACAGCGCUGAUAGUGCUGACAGUGCUCCUAUUCUAUCACUUUCCGAGCCUAUUAUGGAUCCCUCUCAUCCUGUGUCCGCGGAUGGAAUCGACCUCUACCAUCCCGAUAAGCAGUUUGCUCUGUAUCCCGUUACUAGCGACGGCCUUUGGUAUGGCGAUGCUAGUAAUUUCAACGGCAAGCUCAUCUUCGGCGGCAAUCCGUACAGCGCCGGAAUCCCAUUUCAGCUUUCAGUACAUGAAGGAAGGACGCAGAUCCGCGCAAGCGACGGCAUGUACCUUACCGUCGUCAUGGAAGAUGAUCUUUUGCCGUACCUGAAAGAGGAAUGCCGGCAGCAUUCCAGGGUCAGUUCGUGCGCGCAUUGUUCAACAUGGUACAGCCUUGGCUUUCGUCCUGAGCCUGAUGACUGUCUUGCUCUGAUUCCCCACGGUCUGCCUAGCAUGUUUGUCUUGCAUGACGGGGCUUUCUACUACAGCAUGAAUGUCCUCAAGGCAAGCUAUGCCGAGACCGAGCGCGUCAAGCACAUCGAGGAGGCGUCUCUUUUUCAGUUUGUUGGUUAGUUGUGUCAGUCUGAAAGAAUUCUGAUGAUGUGGAUGGAUUCAAUGAGAAUUGUUGCUCUACCUCAGUAUCAGCUGCCCGCCA